AUGUCCUCUUCAUCGGUCUUUGUUUUGGAUCGAAAAUGCGACGCAAAUUAUGACUCAAACGUGGAAAAUUUGAAAUAUUUGGCACAAUUCGCCUAUCUGGCACCAUCAGCUGUUUUGCAAGCAAGAAUUCUGUGGAUUUUAUUUUGGAAAUGUAGAAAGUAUUAUUUGAAACACUCUUUUUAUAUAUUUUUUGGAAUGGAUUGUUGGACGGUGAGUUUGGAAAAACAGUUUGGGCCCAAAAAUUUGUGAUUUGUGUUUUUAACUAUCUAGAAAACUUGACAAAACAUUUGUAGGGUUUUGCAAAAAUGCAAUUUCAUUACAAAAUUAAUCUUUGAACUCGGAAUUUCCAAUUUCAAAUAUUGAAAAGAAUGUCCUUGAAAAUUGUUCAAGAUUUUAGCACAAGAUUUUCGGCAACAGAAAACAGCAAUUUUGCCACGUGGAUUUUUUUAAAUGAACGGAAAGCAAAAAUUAGUGUUAGAGAUUUAGCAUGUAUUUUUUCUGGCGCAGAAAUUUGAUCUACGAUUUUUCAAAUUUCACAGAUUUCACAAUUCCCCAAAAAUGUUAUCCUGCCACGUGAAUUGUUUUCAAUUGUUCAUUGAACUCUAAAAGUUCCCAUUCAUAAUUUCUCUAGUUCUAUUUUUUCCAAGAAAAUCAAACUUUAUGCUUGAAAAAUUUCUAAAAAUUCACACGUUUUUUGGAGCAGAAAAACUGGUGCUGAAGUUUGUGAUGUGAGAUCAUAAAAUUAAAAAAUCAAACUUCAAAAAAGCUUCAAGGUUUGGACCGAAAUUUCCAGAAAGGUUCACAAAAUUUCAAUGUCAAUGUUCAAAGAUCAAUUAAAUUAGAAAAUUGAUCUCUGAGUUCUGAACAUUUUUUUCUAGUUCAAUUUUUGAAUCAAAACAAAUUUAAAAAGAAAAUGAAGACGCCAAACAUUUAAAUCUUAAAAACGAUCAACUUUUCGAUUUUCAGGGUUUCAUUCUAGUUAUUCUCGACAUAUUUUUCUCGCGAAUCUUUCAAUAUUUUCCUCAAUUCUGCAUUCCUCUAACAACAUAUUUCAAAUCAAAUUCGGGAUUUUCGUCAAUUUAUUAUCCACUUCAAAAUUAUUUGCAUUCAGCUCAACCAAUUAUUCAAAUAUUUUUAACAACAAAUCGAAUGUCGUGUGUUUUGUGGCCGAUAAAAUACAGUGAUGUUGGUUUGAAAUCUAGAAUCCUAAAAGCUUAA